GCGUAGGGGCGGGCAGCCACGCAGAGAAACUUAACUUCGGGAAGAAGUUCGUAGUUGGCUGUCGGUGGUCGUUGUGAGUAAGGCAUGGGCUAUUGCGUACAAUAACCCAUUAAUAAACAUCAAAACCUGUAGUUUAAGUUUCGUUUCUUUUAUUCAAGCAGUCGCAUGUGUUAGAUUAAUACCGAAUUGAGGCGGGAAUCAUUUACAUGGAAAUAAAUGAUAUCCUCGGACUGAAAACAAGCGCAGCAGAUGCGGAUACUAGCUGUUCUGGUUGCGAUCGCUUUUAAUUUAUCUUUAAUUUAUGAUAUCACGCAGUGUCACCUGGCGCCUGGCAUUUCACCGUGGGCGGCGCAAUCCGCACUUCAAGGUUCCGGCUCUUCCGGAAAAUAUUAACCUCCUACUGCGUGAAUCAUCACGCCAGAUGCCCGAACACAUUAUAGCUCAGUCUGCUUUUCACUCCCAAAUCGCAAUAUUAGUGACAGCUCGAUGAGUAUUUUUACCUUGCAUCAUGUUUACAAGCGGCGUCGCAUCUUUUUUUUUCUGGGGAUCCUGGGGAUAAUUAUCUGGCGCUUUUCUAGAGACUCCCAAAAGGAGGCGCCACUGAGAAGAGUAGGGCUGACCGCCAACUCGUCCCAGUUCACGUUGGAUGGAGAGCCAAUCCGCAUCCUCGGGGGAUCCAUGCACUACUUCCGCGUCCCCAGGGCCUACUGGAGUGACCGCAUGCUGAAGAUGAAGGCCUGUGGGAUCAAUACUCUCACCACGUAUGUGGCAUGGAAUCUGCAUGAACCAGAAAGAGGUGUUUUCAACUUCAACUGGCAGUUGGAACUGGAGGAAUACAUCAGGGAAGCAUCCCGGGUGGGACUCUGGGUGAUUCUCCGUCCAGGACCCUACAUCUGUUCAGAGUGGGAGCUCGGGGGCUUGCCUAGUUGGCUCCUGCGUGACAGGAACAUGAAGUUAAGAACCACAUAUCCUGGCUUCACCAAAGCAGUCAGCUCUUUCUUCGAUGAGCUCAUCCCCAGAGUCGUCCCGUUACAGUACAUGAAUGGAGGCCCCGUCAUUGCAUUUCAAGUGGAAAAUGAAUAUGGAUCCUAUGCAAAAGAUGGCAGAUAUAUGUCCUUCGUUAAAGAGGCGCUGGUGUCCAGGGGAGUCAGGGAGUUGCUGUUGACGUCGGACAACCGGAACGGUCUGGAUCAAGGGUCUGUGAAUGGAGCCCUGAAGACCUUGAACUUCCAGAAACUACGUCCUGCAGACAUCCGACACCUGGAUUCUUUACAGCCCCAGAAGCCGAAGUUGGUGAUGGAAUACUGGUCUGGGUGGUUUGACAACUGGGGUGGUCUGCACCAUGUCUAUGAUGCAGAUGAGAUGAUGCGGGUCGUCAUGGAGAUCCUGAACCAAGGCAUGUCCAUCAACCUGUACAUGUUUCACGGUGGCACUAACUUCGGCUUCAUGAACGGGGCACUGGGCAACCACCCGUACAAGCCUUUGGUCACUAGCUAUGAUUACAACGCGCCUCUUUCUGAAGCCGGCGAUUACACCACGAAAUACCACCGUCUGAGGACGCUGUUCGCAGGGUUCCACAAUGGCAAUUUACCCAUGAUGCCUGCCGUUCAGUGGAAGAAGGUGUACAGGCCGGUUUCUGCCCAUGAGUAUCUUCCUCUGUGGGACAUCUUGGAGUUUCUGGAGAAGCCUCAUCAGUCAGAAAACCCCAUCAAUAUGGAGAACCUGCCGGUGAACAACGGCAACGGACAGUCCUAUGGAUACACGCUGUACGAGACCAACAUCACCAGCGGAGGAAUGCUCAACUCCAGGAACCACGUGCGAGACAGAGCCCUGGUGUUCAUGGACAGGCAGUUCAUUGGCGUCCUUGACUACAACACAAUAGAAAUAAUAGUUCCUAACAGGAAGGGCAGACGGAAUUUAAGUUUACUUGUGGAAAACUGUGGGCGAGUGAACUAUGGGAAAGACCUUGAUGACCAGCGUAAAGGUUUGGUUGGUGAUAUUCUACUGAACAAGGAGCCUCUGAAAGGCUUCAGAAUGUACAGUCUGGACAUGAAGUCGGACUUUAUUCAAAGACUGAGCUCCGGGUCCUGGAAGCCCAUUCCGAAAGUUCCCUCCUUCCCAGCAUUUUUCCUGAUAAAGCUGUACAUUAGUGGGUACCCAGCAGACAGUUUCAUACAGAUUCCGGUGAGACCGACACGAACGCCUCUGCCACCCCCCCCCCCCGCAUCACUAACGCCGGCUUGUUGCUGGUCGCACGCCGGGCAGUGCGAUGCGACAUACUUGCCAAAAGUCAUUCAAAAUGCUUCAAGAAUUGAUUGUUACUGGGAAAUAUUUCAUGGAGGUUUUAUGCUAAUUGCAUCUACAGGGCUGGAAGAAAGGCGUGGCAUUUGUGAAUGGGCAGAAUCUUGGGCGGUACUGGUCCAUUGGGCCGCAGCAAACUCUUUACCUUCCGGGACCCUGGCUCAAGACUGGAAUGAAUCAGUUCAUUUUGUUCGAGGAACAGGAGUCCGACUUCAAAAUGCAGUUCACCAACAAUCACGACCUGGGAAUGACUGUCGACGUUAUUUAAAACCCCUUUAGCCAAUCUGCCCAGCUGCUGCGCAUAUACGCAUCUUUCCGUGAGGGUCACUUCACCGUGUUCCCGCCACACUCUUCGGAGUGUUUUGAGUGUGAAACCCUCACGCUGAAGUAUAGGCACUGUGUGCUUCUGUUAUUCUUGCAAGGUCGGAAUUUCAAUUGAAAAAUGAUGCAGCUUAUUUUGUAUUCUGAAAUAUUUUUGUUUUGAUUUUAAUAAUACAUGUCUGGAUGUAAGUUUAUUGUAUGUUGACAGGGAGCCAAAACUGGUUUUGGUCUUUUUACCCAUAAUUUUUGGUAUUUCUAUAGAACUGAAGACGAAAUGGUGUGAUGCAUUAAACGUAUGCAGAUAAUGUAAUCAUGUCACAACAAUUACACUUGAAUUUACAAUUAGCUCCUUUUGGAAACGCUGGUGUUUUAAAAUGCAAUAAAUACCUUUUCUCGUGA